AUGUCAAACGUGCGAGUGUCUAACGGGAGCCCGAGCCUGGAGCGGAUGGACGCCAGACAGGCGGAGUACCCCAAGCCCUCGGCUUGCAGAAACCUCUUUGGCCCGGUCAAUCACGAAGAGUUAACCCGGGACUUGGAGAAGCACUGCAGAGACAUGGAAGAGGCCAGCCAGCGCAAGUGGAAUUUUGAUUUUCAGAAUCACAAGCCCCUGGAGGGCAAGUACGAGUGGCAGGAGGUGGAAAAGGGCAGCCUGCCCGAGUUCUACUACAGACCCCCGCGGCCACCCAAAGGCGCCUGCAAGGUGCCGGCGCAGGAAGGCCAGGAUGCCAGCGGGGCCCGCCCGGCGGUGCCUUUACUUGGGUCUCAGGCAAACCCAGAGGACACGCAUUUGGUCGAUCAGAAGACUGAUGCCCCGGACAGCCAGACCGGGUUAGCGGAGCAGUGCCCUGGGAUAAGGAAGCGACCUGCCGCAGACGAUUCCUCUCCUCAAAACAAAAGAGCCAACAGAACAGAAGAAAAUGUUUCAGACGGUUCCCCCAACGCCGGUUCAGUGGAGCAGACGCCCAAGAAGCCCGGCCUCAGAAGGCGGCAGACGUAA